AUGCUUCGCUCAAUUCUCACGGGUCUCGCCACCACGGCAGCGCUCGGUCAAAAUGCCCACGCUCAGUUCGUGGUGACAGAAGACACCUACUUUGCCGGGCAGUCUCCACCAGUAUACCCGUCACCCCAGCAGGAUGCGACUGUGGCCUGGGCCGAUGCCAUCGCCAAAGCUAAGGACCUAGUCUCACAGUUGACCCUGGAAGAGAAAGUCAACCUGACAUCAGGCGUAACUUCAACGACGGGCUGCUCGGGUUCCAUUGGUGGCAUUCCUCGGUUGGGGUUCCCAGGACUGUGUCUGAACAAUGCCGGAAAUGGCGUUGGCGCUACCGACUACGUGAGCGCAUUCUCGAGUGGCAUACAUGUCGCUGCGAGCUGGAACAAGGAGCUGGCAUACGAUCGAGCCUGGCACAUGGGGCUCGAGGCCAGGACUAAGGGUGUCAACAUUCUCCUGGGCCCUGUUGUAGGUCCAGUUGGCCGUGUUGUACAGGGAGGCAGGAACUGGGAAGGCUUCUCACCCGAUCCAUACCUCAGUGGCCAGCUGGUUCAUGAGACCGUUGUGGGAACACAGGACACUGGAGUCAUGACCAGCACGAAGCACUUCCUCGCUCAUGAGCAGGAGGCCCAUAGGCUCCACGCGAGGACAGACAAAACUCCAUGGGCUGUCCCUGGAUCCUCUAAUGUUGAUGAUAGGACCAUGCACGAGCUCUACUUGUGGCCCUUUGCCGACUCGGUCCAUGCUGGCACAGGAAACAUCAUGUGUGCUUAUAACCGAGUCAAUAACUCCCAGGCCUGCCAAAACAGCAAAGCCCUCAACGGGCUCCUCAAGACAGAACUAGGAUUCCAAGGAUUUGUUGUCUCAGACUGGGGUGCUCAGGAGUCAGGCGUUGGCUCUGCUCUGGCCGGCCUGGACGUCGUCAUGCCCAGCUCAACACUCUGGGGUGCAAACUUAACACUGGCUGUGAACAAUGGCACAGUGAACGAGAGCCGCGUCGACGACAUGGUCACCAGGAUCCUCGCCUCCUGGUUCCAACUUGGCCAAGACGCCGAGGACUUCCCAGAACCCGGCUACGGUCUGGCUGAUGACAUCUCAAAGCCUCACCGCGUCGUUGACGCCCGCAACGCCAGCUCAAAGCCCACCUUGCUUGCUGGUGCCACCGAGGGCCAUGUCCUUGUGAAGAACACCGACGGCGCCCUGCCCUUGAAAUCGUCGGAGACAAAGUUGAUUUCGCUUUUUGGAUACUCAGCCAAAGCGCCCAAUGUCAAUACUUGGGUCGCACCCCCUACAGGAGCCGCGUUCACUCAAUGGACUGGCGGUGCUCAGUCAGCCAACUACACGGAAUUGUACCUCGGGUUUCUCGGAGACCUGAGCAUCCAGUAUUCUGGAAUCGCUCGUAAUGGCACAAUAAUCAGCGGUGGAGGAUCCGGCACGGUCUCCCAGAGCUUCACCAGCUCUCCGUAUGAUGCACUUGUCGCCCAGGCAUACGAAGAUUCCACGGAUCUUUACUGGGACUUCGAGAACGAAAACCCCCUGGUCAACCCCACAAGCAACGCAUGUAUCGUCUUUGGCAACGCCUGGGCCACGGAAGGCUACGACCGUCCUUCUGUCCGUGAUGACUACACCGACGGCCUGAUCAACAACAUCGCUGAUCAAUGUGCCAACACCAUCGUUGUGUUCCACAACGCGGGUAUUCGUCUCGUCGACCAAUUCGCGGACCACCCCAACGUCACAGCCAUCAUCUUCGCCCAUCUCCCAGGGCAAGACAGCGGCAGGGCUCUCGUCAACCUCCUCUACGGCAAGGAGAACCCCUCCGGACGCAUCCCCUACACGGUAGCCAAGAACGAGACCGACUACGACAACUUCCUCAAGCCUGAUAUUGUCCUCGACGGCAUGUUCCAGCACUUCCCCCAGUCCAACUUCACAGAGGGUGUCUACAUCGACUACCGCCACUUUGAUCUCAAGAACAUCACUCCUCGUUAUGAGUUCGGCUUCGGGCUCAGCUACACCACCUUCGACUACAACAACCUGCAGAUCAGCCAGAUCAACGGCUCGACAGAACAGUACCCCACCGGUGCUGUCGCGCUGGGCGGCCAGACCGACCUCUGGGACGAGCUCGUCACCGUCACCGCGGACGUUACCAACUCGGGCGGUGUCGACGGCAAGGAGGUGGCGCAGCUGUACCUCGGCAUUCCUGGCGAGGACGUGCCCGUGAGGCAGCUACGUGGGUUUGAGAAGCCUUCUAUCGCGGCUGGGGAGACUGCGACUGUCAGUUUCACGCUUACGAGGAGGGACCUGAGUGUCUGGGAUGUUGCGGCUCAGAAGUGGCUGCUUCAGGCUGGGGACUACACGGUGGAGGUCGGCAGGUCGAGUAGGGAUCUGCCUCUGAAGGGCACGUUUAGCAUUUCGUGA